AUGGAGCUCACUGGGCUUUCGAUCAUCAAUGCUCAAGCAUCUAGGCAGCCUGGACCACAUCUCUUACACCAACUGGUUAAGCCUCCUAGCCAACAUGCUGCCUUGGACUACAUGGGAAGCAGCCAGCGUGCUGAUUUCACCUACCAUCAGCUCCAUGAAGCUGCAGCCUCCCUUGCCAAUCGUAUCGCCAAAGCCUCGGGCAAUACCCAGGGCCAGUUUGUUGUUCCUGUCCUCAUCCAUCAAUCUCCUCCACUCUAUAUAUCCCUUCUGGCCAUAUUGAAGGGUGGAGGGGCCUUCUGUCCUCUGAACGUUGAUGCGCCACCGGAACGGGUAAAAUUCAUUCUUGGCGAUGUAGCGGCAACAGUGGUGCUUGUGUCAAAAGAGCUUGUCUCUGCUAUACCCGACGGCAUCAGUGCAACUGUAAUUAUUGUUGACGAGGAAGAAGAGAAAAGUAAUACGUUUCAAAGUCUAUCGACUGAAGUCACUUCUCGAGUUCCCAAACCGGAAGACCUGGCCUAUGUCAUGUAUACUUCCGGAUCAACAGGAACGCCCAAAGGUGUGGGAAUUUCCCAUGAUGCUGCAACGCAAGCUCUUAUUGCACACGACAGACACAUUCCAUCAUUCUCACGUUUUCUACAAUUCGCAGCACCAACAUUUGAUGUUUCUGUUUUUGAAAUAUUCUUCCCCCUUUUCCGAGGAGCAACUUUAGUCAGUGUGCGAAGAAUCGAGAUGUUGGACGAUCUUCCUGGGGUAUUGCGUGCUAUGGAGGUAGACGCCUGUGAGCUCACACCAACAGUCGCUGGAAGUCUGUUGCGGACAAGAGCGAAUGCACCGAACCUCAAGGUGUUGUUAACUAUCGGUGAAAUGCUGAAUGCACCAGUUGUCGAAGAAUUUGGAGGCGAUGAAAACAGAGCAAGCAUGCUUUGGGCAAUGUAUGGUCCGACUGAGGCAACUAUUCAUUGUACACUUCAAGCAGACUUUUCUUCUGAUUCUUCAACGGGAAACAUCGGUGUGCCCUUAGACACAGUCUCAUGUUUUAUCAUUGAAAUUCUCGAUUCAGAUAGCGAGCAAUCUGAAAUAAGAAUUCUUCCCCAGGGGGAGAUUGGAGAGCUAGCUGUGGGUGGUCACCAACUAGCGACUGGGUAUAUCAACCGACCCGAACAGACAAAUUCGGUUUUUGUUGAUUCGCAAUUUGGUCGCAUUUAUCGUACAGGCGACAAAGCCCGGCUACUUCCAAAUGGAAAGUUGGAAUGCUUCGGUCGCUUAUCAGAUGGGCAAGUGAAGCUACGAGGACAACGCUUGGAGCUAGGCGAAGUGGAACAAGCUGUUCUUCGAACAUCAGGAUGCCAUGGCGCUGUAGCAGCAGUGGCGAGAUCUAUCCUGGUGGUAUUUUGCGCUGUGGAUUCAGGUGUCACAGAAGAUGCUAUUCUGAAGCACUGCGGAGAUUGGCUGCCGCAGUACAUGGUUCCCAGAGAAGUAAUCUUGAUGUCUGAAUUUCCUCGCCUCCCUAGCGGCAAAGUCGACAGGAAGAGGCUCAAGUCAGAGUACGAGGAACGCAAAGAAGCCAUGUCAGAAGAUAUUGCAGACUCUGAACCUGUGGAUGAUGUCGAGUCAGAGCUUCUAGCCGUCAUGUCUCGUGUCAUGAAUUUCAAAGUCAACAAGUCCACGCCUCUUUCUGCUAUCGGGAUGGAUUCUCUCAACGCAAUCAAGCUUGCCUCUGGCCUUCGGAAUGCAGGAUAUGGCAUUGAUACAACUGUUCUUCUCACAGCGAAAACUGUAUUCGACAUCGUUUUUGCUGCACGGAGGCAGACACAAAAUCAAACUGUCAGCUCCCUGCCAGCCUCGACAAACCUGUCUCUGGACUUCAGCCAAGUUUUGCAGCAGAACACCACACUGGCUGACAUGAAUGGCUUGAUCGAAGAAAUAAUCCCGUGUACUCCGUUGCAAGCGGCUAUGCUGGCUGAGACGUCCCGCAACCCAACUGCUAACUGCAACCAGAUCGAGCUCACUAUUCCCCUCACUUACUCUGCCCACCAAAUAUUUGAAUCUUUCAUACAGCUGUCGCAGAAGAAUGCAAUUUUACGUUCGGGAUUUGCGAUUGCCGACGGAAGAUUUGUCACAAUUGUUUGCAAGGAACUCCGACCCGAGCAAAUCAAAGUCGUUGACCAGGUUCAAGGUGGCUUUUCGCUUUCAUCACCCGAAGAGUUUUGCUCCCCAAUGAGACUUCAUAUUCAACGAGAUCCCAGGAAUGAAAAAUCCCGUGUUCUUUUGCAGAUACAUCACUCACUAUAUGAUGGUUGGUCCAUGGACGUUCUGCUUUCUGAUUGGUCUAAGCUGCUUUUGCAAGAACCAGUAUCGGAGCAUUCAUCGUUUCGCGAAGUUGUCAAUUUUUACCAACAGCAAACCAGUGAUGAUGCACGAAUGUUUUGGACUGAGAAUCUCGCUGGAUGGAAGCAAAUGCCGUUACCUAAGUUGCGCGAUAAGCUUGUUCACUCGAGUGAGGUCCUUUCAUUCCGAAGGCCAAUGUUACUUUCUCAUGGAAGAGUUACUACUGAAGCCCAAAAGAAUGGCUAUAGCCCCCAGGUUUUGUUCCAGGCAUCGCUAGCUUUGCUGUGGUCCAGUAUCACUGGAUCACGAGAUAUUACCAUCGGUUCAGUAACAUCUGGAAGAACUAUCCCAGUGAUAGGCAUUGAGCAGAUCAUUGGACCUUGUAUUGCUGCGCUGCCCGUCAGGGUAGACUUCGAUAAGAUUUCUAUCAGUCUGGACUUACUCAACAGCCUACAAUCUAGCAACAGAAAGAUCAUGCAAUACUGCACAGUCUCUCUGUCAGAGGUCAAGAAGUUAGUUGGUUUACAACCUGGAGAGAGCCUAUACGACGUACUCUUUGUGUACCAGAAGUCACUCGCUAGCUCAAAGCGAACAGACUGCACGAUAAAAGAAGCCACUCAUCUUGACCGCUUGGAAACUCCCAUAUUGUUCGAAGUCGAGCCGACAGAAGACGGAUUUGUGUUACAAGUCACAUAUCAUGAAGCGAUCGUACCACCAGCAACAGUUCAGCUUAUGGCUGAUCAAUUUGAGGCGUUGGCCCAUUCCAUGUUGGAAAGGCCUACUAAAGAGAUCAAGUAUGCAUUGAGGGACACCAAAUGCACUCCUUCCAUUGACAACAUUAAUACAUCUCCUCCUCAACGAGUCCCUGACUUGGCGCAACUUUUCGAGGAUGCAGUUCGUCAAUGUCCCGAAGAAUCUGCCCUACUCUUUUCCUCCUCUUUGGAAGCUGCGAGCCGUAUCACUUGGUCAUUCCGCGAACUAAAUGACUACGCGAACCAGAUUGCGCAUUACUUGAGAAGCUGUGAUAUUGGAGUCGGUCAGGUGGUGGCUGUGGUUAUGGAAAAAUCACCUGCUCUAUAUGCAUCAAUUUUGGCCAUCGUCAAGUGCGGGUGUGGAUAUCUGCCAAUUCUCCCUUCAACACCUGUUGCCCGUACUCGCGAGAUCCUAUCACAGGCCGAUAUUAAGUCCUGUUUGGUUGACGGUGUUUCAUGCGACCAAUUGCCGUCUAUGCCUGGGUUGUCAAAGAUUACUGUUGAGACCAAGUUGCUCGGCGAAUUCUCCACAGUCAACUUGGACAAUGAAGUUGAUGGAUCUCGACUUGCGUACGUGAUUUAUACGUCAGGUACUACAGGAACUCCAAAAGGCGUCGCCGUUCAGCAACAGAGCAUUGUCGCGAACAUUGAGCAUCUCGAGGCGACAUACCCGAAGCCCUCCGGCUCACAAGGCCGGCUUCUUCAAGCAUGCUCUCAAGCAUUUGAUGUAUCGGUUUUCGAAAUAUUCUAUACUUGGUGCGCCGGUAUGUGUUUAUGCGCAGGCACCAAUGACACAAUUCUAGAGGAUAUCGAACGUUCGAUACGCGACCUUGAAAUCACGCACCUGAGCAUGACACCAACUGUGGCUGCCCUCGUCAAUCCUUCAAACGUCCCGAGUGUGCAAUUCCUUGUCACUGCCGGUGAGCCCAUGACACAGGCCGUACACAACAAAUGGUGCCGUCAGCUGUGGCAGGGCUAUGGGCCUUCUGAAACCACGAAUAUCUGCACAGUUAAGAAAAUGGCGGCAGAUGACUAUAUUGAGCAUUUGGGGCAUGUGUUCCCUAACACCUCCGUUGUAGUCCUAUACCCAGAGACCAUUGAUGUCGUGCCCCUUAACUGGGUCGGGGAGUUCUGUUUUGGCGGUGCGCAAGUCGCUCAAGGCUAUCUUAACAUGCCAGAGCUCACAACGCAGAAGUUUAUCCAACAUCCCCGAUAUGGAAGGCUCUACCGAUCCGGAGAUAUGGGCCGCAUGCUUCCCGAUGGAUCUUUGGUGAUUCUAGGUCGUAUCGAUGAUCAAGUGAAGUUGAGAGGUCAGAGGAUCGAGAUUGGCGAGAUUAACAGCACAGUCACUAUGGCUGGAUUUGCAACCUCAGCUGCUACUGUUUUAGUGCAACACGAGGGAAGCUCCACCAAGCAAUUGGCCCUCUUCUUUGUUCCUCAGCUUGGACCUACUGAGUUUCGUGUGCUGGAGAUUGACUAUGAAACUCAACAGUCUCUGGCCGCGCAUAUGAGCUCACGCUUACCUGGAUACAUGGUACCAUCUUACCUUAUACCGAUAUCUUCUAUACCAAUGACAUCGAGCGGAAAGGUAGACAAGCGUCGGCUGCACGCUUGUUUUAACAAACUGGACCGGCCCUAUCUUGAAAAGGUGUCGAGAUUGUCUGGAGAAAACCCAGAUGAGGGUGAAUGGAGCCAGAUGGACUUGAUUAUCUCGGAAGCCAUCAAAGAAUCCGUGGCAGCACCCGUGGGUGGCUUCGGUCGAUGGUCAUCUUUUACCGUCCUCGGGGUAGAUUCCAUCUCUGCGAUUGACCUUGCUCGUGUUCUAAGCUCGAAACUAGCUACCCGAGUUGCCGUGUCUGACAUUCUGCGCAAUCCUACAACCGCUCAACUGGCGAGGUAUCUGGAAGGGAAGGCUUCAUACAGAGAGACGGGAUUUGUGGGCACCCAAAGGGAGUUCUUCCCUGCUGCCUUCACCACCGAAAUCAAGGAAAUCUUCGUCAGAGAGUCAAAGACCAUCAAAGAUGUCUUGCCUUGCACACCCUUACAAGAAGCAAUGCUUUCUCGAGGACAAAGAGGCUACUAUAACAAAGUUCUCUUGCGUUUGAAGGCGGAAUCCGAGGCAAUCCGAUCAUACUGGAAAGCGAUGUCAAAGAGACAUGAUAUCCUCCGGACCUGUUUCGCUACGACGACAGACUCUAAGCAUGCUAUUGCUCAGGUUGUCCUGCAAGAUUGGGAAAUUCCCUGGAGAACAUUCGACAUUAGUGAACCAUCUUUCGAUGGAGCGAUCGAAGAACAUUUGAAGUCUUUGCCAAAUCCAGUUGACUCUAGAACCCCGCCUGUGUCUCUAGCGCUUCUUAGAUAUAGAGGUUCUGAGUUCCUUUCAUUCAUCUGUCACCAUGCCCUUUAUGAUGGUGUGGCGAUGGAGCGACUUCUAAAAGAAGUGGAAGCGCUGGCUGGUGGCGAGAAUCUACCACCUCCAGUGUCUUACAAGGAGUUUCUGGAGAUUUCGACCAAUCUCCCUAACGAUACCGAGGAGUUUUGGCAGCAACAACUUCGAGGCUACAAGGCAUCGUCGAUAUUCACACAGUCAAGUUCGAACAAUAUUGAUCAGAGCACUUGCACCACAUCCCUAGACAUGCCCCUUGCCGACCUACAGGGGCGUCUCCGCGACUUUGGUGCGACUCUUCUCUCAGUUUGUCAAGCAAGCUGGGCCACUGUUCUUGCUAUGGCAUACCGCCAAUCAGAUGUGUGCUUUGGAAAUGUCAUGAGCGGUCGAACGCUGGACAUGGAUGGCCUGGAAAGGCUUGUGGCGCCCUGUUUCAAUACUAUCCCCAUUCGAGUUGACUUGCCGACAACAUCAAGCAACAUCAACAUGGUCAAACACUUGCAAAAGCUAAACACGGAGCUACUCACAUACCAAUUCACUCCAUUACGUCUCAUACAACGCAGCAUCAACCGUACUGGUAAACACAUCUUUGAUACCUUACUGCUGCUGCAGAAGCCGUUGCAAGACAUCGACCAAACUGUCUGGAUACUUGAAGGAGAUUCUGGAGACAUGGACAUCCCUUUAGUGUGUGAGGUAGUUCCUUGUCCGGGGCUGAACUCACUAGUCAUCAAUCUUCAUCGGGAUAUGAGUAUCGUAACUGAAGAAGUUGCCUCAGCCAUGGCUGACGCCUUUAAGGUAAUACUGAAGGCUGUUUUGAUGGCUCCUCAUUCGACCCCAAUGACCGCAGAAGAACUUCCUGACAGCUUGCGCUCCAUACUACAACAGCUUGAGCCCCAGUAUGAAAAGAAAUAUAACACGGGGCGAAAGCCUGAUGAGGAGGAGGAAGAAUGGAGUGAAGUUGAGCUAGAGGUCCGACAAGUUCUGGUCAAACUCUCAGGAGUGAGCGACCAGAAGAUCAAGCGCCGCACAACCAUCUUCCAGCUGGGUUUGGACAGUAUCAAUGCAGUUCAAGUGGCUUCAAUUCUCCGUCAGCGCGGGUUCCUCAUUUCAGCGUCUGAUGUGAUAGAAUGCCCGAGUUGCUCUAAGAUCGCUGCUAAGCUCCUGGAAAACCGUUCAAGAACGGAGAGCGAGGAUUUGAGAAGAUAUGACAUUGAUUUAUUCUCACAUCAAGUCUACUCAGAGGUCGUCGGCCGGUUACCCCAGACAGCGACUAUUGAAGCAGUCCUUCCUUGCACACCUUUACAGUCCGCCAUGCUGGCCUCUUUCAUACAGUCCGGGGGCGAAAACUACCUCAAUGCAAUGGAGUACGUUGUCACAGGCGAGAUCCCGCUAGAAAGUCUCGAAAAGGCGUGGCAGUCGCUCCAUGAGAGACAUCCCAUGCUGAGAACUGGUUUUGUACCUGUCCAACACCCUGAUGCCUCAUUCGCUAUGGUUAGAUAUGCACCAGGUUCGAUGAAAACGCCAUUGAGUAUUACAGAACCUGAGAGCGAUGAGGUAUCAGACUUGUUGCAUCUUAAGGGCAUUAAGAGCGAAAGCGUUCUUGCUGCGUUGUAUCACCCCCCUUGGACAGUGGUUCUUGUCCAGACCCCUCAACAAACCUUGAUGAAAUUUGUCGUCCACCAUGCACUUUAUGAUGCACCUGGACUUCAAAUUAUGCUUGCUGAUCUUUCUCGACUCGUCAAGAGCGAGCAGCUACCGCCAUUGUCAAGGAUUGAGCCAGCAGUGUCUGCUAUUCUAAGUAACUCAGUGGACGAGCAAGGGUUGGACAAGGCUUUUUGGGAGGCCAAGGCAAGCAGCACUGUUGUCAAUAAGUUCCCGUUGAUGACCCCGCUGCGAGUCGAAGAUCGAUGUAUGCUGGCUGACACGACUGUGGCAACCCUGCCGUUCACCAAACUCAAGCAAGCUACUCAAGCUUCAAAUGUAACGAUCCAAUCAGUUAUCCAAGCGUCUUGGACUCGAGUACUAGCCUCUUAUCUGGGUGAGAACUCGGUAGUUUUCGGUGUUGCGCUGUCCGGACGAACCACAGAUGAGACAAGAGAUGCCGCGUUUCCAUGUCUCAAUACCGUUCCUGUUGUGGCGAGCAAUGUUACAUCCAAUGCCGAGCUGGUCAGCUACAUGAUGGAAUACAAUCAGCACCUUCACAAACAUCAAUUUUCACCACUUGGAAAAGUUCAGAGAUGGCUGGGGCACCCAGCUGGCCCUGUGUUCGAUACUCUGAUUGCUUAUCAAAAGAUGCCAGACACCAGAUCUUCCUAUUUACCGUGGAAGCUAGUUAAGGAUGAGGCAAGAGUCGAGUAUUCAGUCUCGUUGGAGAUUGAGCCUACAGAGAAUGACAAUGUUCGUUUGUGUAUAACAUACUACAACGACGUACUUCCUCGCGAGCAGGCACAGCUCCUGAUGAAACAAUUCGACUCUUCACUGAACCACAUCGCCUGCAAUUAUCUCGGUGCUGAGGACGAGACUUUUCAUAUUUCCCCGGACUUGUACUCUGUUCUGCCUCCCUCGCACCCGGUGCUUGAUGCCCCUGUCCAAUUCUUGCACCAAUUCGUGGAGUUAGGAGCUGUUGUCCACCCAAAUAAACUUGCUCUUGAAUUCGUUUCGGCUUUUGAUGGGGACACAUGCCUCAAGGAACAAUGGGACUACCGCCAGCUAAACAUUAUGGGGAACAAAGUGGCUAACAUGCUUCAUGAAAAGCUUACCCCUGGCAGUAUCGUUGCAAUCCACUUCGACAAAUGCCCCGAGGCGUAUUUUUCCAUCCUGGGCAUUCUCAAAGCUGGCUGCUCUUUUGUUGCUCUUGAUCCCUCUGCACCAAGAGCUCGAAAACAGUUUAUUGUUGAAGAUUCAAAGGCGCCUUGUCUUCUGACACGGAGGUCGGAAGAUCUGGACUUUGAAGUCAAAACUGCUAUUUUGGAAGUAGAGGUCGAGUCUUUGAGUGUACUACAAGAAGAAGAACUUGUAUUCCAACCAGUUAUCUCCCCAUCAGACACCUGUUAUUGUCUUUACACAUCUGGGACUACAGGGACGCCAAAAGGUUGCGAGAUCACCCAUGACAAUGCUGUUCAAGCAAUGAUGGCCUUCCAAGAACUUUUCAGGGGUUAUUGGGAUGCCGAAUCACGCUGGCUUCAAUUCGCAGCCUUACACUUCGAUGUUUCUGUCCUCGAGCAGUAUUGGAGCUGGUCUGUGGGCAUGGCUGUUGUUUCUGCCCCAAAAGAUCUCAUUCUAGACGACUUGACGGCAUCCAUCAACAAGCUUGGGAUUACGCAUAUUGAUCUAACACCAAGUCUAGCACGGCUGACACACCCUGACGAGAUCCCUAGCCUCUGUCGUGGUGUCUUUAUCACUGGUGGCGAACAGCUCAAGCAGGAGAUUCUUGAUGUUUGGGGACCGAAAGCUGUUAUCUACAAUGCCUAUGGUCCAACAGAGGCCACUAUCGGUGUUACCAUGUUUCAGCGUGUGCCCAUCAAUGGCCGACCCAGUAACAUUGGGAAACAGUUCCCCAACGUUGGCUCAUUCGUAUUCAAACAAAACACAAAUACACCUGUUUUACGUGGUGGUGUUGGUGAACUUUGUGUGUCAGGCAGACUAGUCGGAAAAGGUUACCUCAACCGCCCCCAACUCACAGAGGAACGGUUUCCCACACUAGAGGAGUUUGGCGAACGAGUCUACAGAACUGGAGACCUUGUACGCGUGCUGCAUGAUGGCUGCUUCGACUUCCUGGGCCGGGCUGACGACCAAAUUAAGCUGCGAGGCCAACGGCUCGAAAUUGCAGAGAUCAAUCAUAUCAUCCGCUCCGACGUCACUGAGAUUCACGACGCUGCAACGAUCGUGACUCGACAUGGAGCUAGUGGCAAGGACGUCUUGGUAUCAUUCAUUGUUGGCAAACACUCUACCGCAGGGCCUCUUAGAGUUAUGUCAGACGAAGAGGGCCUGGCUACCAAAGCAAAGGAAGCCUGCCGUGCCAAGCUGCCGGGAUACAUGGUGCCGACGUAUAUUCUCUCUCUUCCAUAUAUCCCGCUUUCCUCCAACAACAAGGCCGAGAUAAAGGACUUGAAGAAGCUCUUCAGUGAACUCGCGCCCGAAAAUCUCAUGGAGUUUUCCCAUGCCACAACAGCUCCCGUUUCUCAAGGAGCCCAGAACAUUCUCACUUUGAUAUACGACGCUGUGGCGCAGUUCAGUAACAUCAACAAAGAUGAUCUUUCAUCAACGACAAGCAUAUUUGACGUUGGCGUGGACUCAAUCACAGCACUCAGACUGGCCUCGCUCCUCAAAUCGUUUGGCCUUCAUGCAGUGUCGCCAGCCAUAUUGCUCAAAAACCCUGUCAUUGGUGAUCUCGCAAACUGUCUUGCCAAGGCCGCUUCAACUCAACGACAGAAGCUCGCUAGAGAAACCAAACAGUUCAUCCAAGCGUACGCCCACCGACAUCGUGGCCUAGUUUGCAACAGUCUUAAUCUUGGACUAGUGGAUAUUGAAUAUAUUACACCAUGCUCACCGUUACAACAAGGAAUCAUUUCGCGGUCCCUUACAAGCAAAGAACCUGGGGCUUACUUUAAUACUUUCCGGUUCAGACCCCGUCAGACGACGACUAUAACAAAGCUUGAACAGGCAUGGAAGGAUUUGGUAUUAUCUGAGAGCAUCCUGAGGACUGUUUUCGUACCUUCCACAGAUGGCUUCUUACAAGUUGCUUUGCGAAACCCUCUCUUUCCCUGGGUAUCCACUACCUUUGACUCAGAUAAAUUGGCAGAAGACUAUCUUGCGGAGCAAAAGGAGAAUUGGAUACAACAGAACAAAUCUUCGAUCACGCAGCCUUUGUUGUUGACAUAUGUCGAAACACCCACAUCAAGAUUGUUCACUGUCCACAUCUUCCACGCACUGUAUGACGGAAACAGCUUCGAUCUCAUGAUGGAGAGGGUGGCUGCAAAUUACGCAGAUUCUGCUGUUACCAAAGCGCCCUCUUUCCUUGAAGCUCUCACUUCUGGCCCUUUGACAAGACACGACAGUUGUAAGAGUUUCUGGGAGAAGCAUCUGGAAGGUUGGGUCCCCUCUCCAAUUACAGCAGAUGAGAGCAGUGCCCAUGAGUCAGUCGUUGUUGCUGAGCGUGAGAUACUUAUCUCGAACUUCGAAGCGAUUAGAUCUUCGCACAACGUCACACUUCAGGCUGUGGUAAUGGCACUUUGGACUUCUGUCCUGCAGAAACUCGCUCAAAGUCAAAUCACUAUUGGCGUGGUUGUAUCGGGAAGAGCAAUUGAUCUCCCAGGCGUCGAAAACACCAUUGGCCCUCUCUUUAAUACUGUGCCUUUCUUCCGCCAAGCUGUUCAACACGAGGAUUGGAAAUCGUUAGUCCGACGAUGCCAUGAGUUCAACGCUUCAGUCCUUGAUUUCCAACACGUCCCUUUGAAGAGUAUUCAAAAGUGGUGCUCUCAUAGCAGGGCUCUGUUCGAUACCCUCUUCACUUACCAAAUUGAGCAGGCCAUAACUGGUGAAAACGAGCUGCCUUUUGAGAUUGAGGAUAGUGAAGUAACUCCUGACUACCCUCUUGCUCUUGAGGCAAUCUAUACACAGACGGGCAAACUCCGGUUUACAAUUGUUGCCCAGGGGCAUGUGCUCUCCCAAUCAACCUUGGACAACCUCCUUAACGAGAUCGAGCGUUUCGCAGAACUAGCAGCAAAGUCACCACGGAGUGAGGUGCCUGUUCCACAAUUCAAAAUCACCCUCGCCGACAGCUUUCACGGUAGAGCUGUAGAAAAAGAUAGUCAGGGCAACUUCGAAUGGACGUCGGAAGCGCAAGAGAUCCAAAACGAAAUCUCUCUGCUGGCCGGCAUUAACCCCGCAGACAUUGCGCAAGACACCUCCAUCCUGGAGCUCGGCCUUGAUAGCAUUGAUGUGAUAAAACUUGCAGCCAAGCUCAAAAGAAAGAGCAUCAAUCUAGCCCCUUCACAGAUCAUGCGUCAGCAGACAAUCGCCAAGAUGAUCACUGAGCUGGCAAGCCUCACCGCUGAUGCUUUACACACCCUAAGAGACAACUUCCUAUCGCAUAUUGGAGACAGGCUACGCGAACAUCUUGAGGCUUCGGGGGUGGAUAUGAACAAUGUGGAGUCUGUGUUACCUCCCACGCAUCUCCAAGAAUCAAUGGUAGUUGGAAUGAUCCAUUCUGACUUUGAGUCCUAUUUCAACCACGAUAUUCUACGGGUGUCCGACCAUGUUGAUACUACACAGCUCAUCCAAGCUUGGAAGCACCUCAUACACCAAACACCAAUUUUGAGGACAGGCUUUUAUCAAGUGGAUAGCCAGGACAUUGACAUGACAUUUUGCCAAGUGGUAUCAAAAUCCCUUGAUAUCGAUUUUGAGGCAACGAGAAUUGAAGACCUCAGCGAGUUGCAGCUUAUUACCGAUGCUGCCAAAUCCGUGGCUAAGAGUGGACAAGGACAAAAGCAGCUUUUUCAGUUAAAGCUGGUGAUCCUAGGCCAAGAAAGAUACAUGGUUAUUUCCAUUGCUCAUGCUCUCUACGAUGGAUGGUCUUUGAGUUUGCUCUUCCAAGAUCUCCAGGCACUGUUAGAGAAAAGAUCAAUCACUCGGCCUCCAGUAGAACCAUUCAUCUCAAGAGUAAUGGAUUCCACAACGCGCAGGGCUGAGGAUUUUUGGAUACAGUAUUUACAAGAUGCUCCAUCAUCAGCUAUUCCCACAAAAGCCUCGCUUCCUGCAGUUGAGAACAAUGUUCAGCGGUUUGAGUCGGUAUCAAACGUCAGUCUAUUGGAGAUAGAAGAAGCCUGCAAAAUGUUGUCCGUCAGUGUACAGGUACUCUGUCAAGCCUGUUGGGCGGUCACUCUGGCGCGCCAGAUCCAAAGCAUAGACGUGACGUUCGGUACCGUCUUAUCGGGGAGGGACUUUGAUGGAGCCGAAGGUCUGGUAUUCCCAACAAUGAACACAGUUGCCUUGCGUUGUAUACUGCACGGCUCGGCAGCUGAGUUCCUGCGUUAUCUGGAAGAAAACAUGGCUGAUAUUCGGGACUUCCAACAUUAUCCUCUCCGCAAAGCUCAAUUAGCUGCAAAGGUUGACGGACAAGACUUAUUCAAUACCUUAUUCAUACUUCAAAGGUCACCGGUCUUUAGUGACACGACAGAUCGUCCUCUAUUCACCUCAGUUGAAGCGUCGUCGUCCACCGAGUAUCCUCUCUGCGUGGAAGCUGAGGCUGUCUCGGACUCUCUAGUGUGGAGGCUCGCAUUGCAGCCCCAGUGUAGUUGGAAUGGAGGUCCUCACAGUCUGCUCGAGACGCUAGAUAGUGUCAUGGGCUUUCUGUUGAAGUCAAACGACCCUGGAAUUCUGUCUUUCAGCGAACGAGGCGUGUCUAUUUGUGGCACGCCUCCAGUGGCGCUAUCGGAGAGCAUGAUCCACGAAGAUGCUUCCAGUAGCUAUCCAUCAAGAGAUGAGAAGGCUGAGUGGAACCAAAACGAAGUAGGAAUUCGAGAGGUUCUCCAUCUAGUCUCGAGUGUGCCUAUUUCCUCCAUCAAGCGUUCCGACAAUCUGUAUCACCUUGGACUGGACUCAAUCAGUGCCAUCAAGGUGUCUUCUCUUCUACGAAAGGCGGGCAUAGAUCUCCGACCACAGGAUCUCAUCAAAUCCUCAAGCAUCUCAGAAAUGGCCCGAAAGGCCGACAAAAAUCACAAGAAGCUUUCGCGAACUCUUGAAACUGCUAAAGAAUGGGUGCCUCCCGUUGACAUUGAUGUGAACAAGCUUCUUACCGACAAUGGCCUUGAGAACGACAAUGCAGACGUUCUGCCUGCAUUGCCGAUGCAAAUUUACAUGUUGACUGCAUGGGAAAAGUCCGAUGGAUCCGUAUUCUUCCCUGAGUUUCCCUGUCGGAUCAAAACCUCAGCUAGCCUGGGAGAAAUUGAUCAAGCUUGGGGUAAGCUUGUAUCCGAGACACCACUUUUACGAACCUGUUUUGCUUCCACACAGUCUCCAACCAUGCCUUUCGUACAAAUCAUUCUCAAGGAACUCGAUAUUCCGCUUUCAAGUUCGCAAUCGAAAGAAUGCUCAGACUGCUGUAUCCGGCCAUUGGUCGAGGCGAAUAUUGAACAGGAGGACAAAGACAUAUGGCUUUUACGACUCAAACUACACCAUGCCCUGUAUGACGGAGUCAGUCUUCCAGCACUAUUAAAGCGUUUCUCCGAGUUACUGAGUGGCGCUGGCACUAUGGAAAAUAAGGGCCUCUUCCAGUGGAAGCAAUUUGCUAUACGCCACACUGUGAAUGAAGCUCGUAUUACAAGACGAGAAUUCUGGACAACGUAUCUUAAGGGCUCGUCUCUCAGUCCUGUCAUGAUCAACUCGGAAGUAGAUGUCAAGAUACGAACUUCACAUUUGAACCAGUCUGCGAUCUCAGACAUCGGUCCUAUCCAGGUCCUUGCUACCCAGUCUGGCGUUUCCUUCCAGUCUUUGUUUCUCUCGGCUUACGCUAGAGCACUUGCCAAGCAGAACAAUGUCUCUGAUGUUGUGUUUGGUGUGUAUCUUGCCAAUCGAGCUGCUGGCGAGGACCUCCCUCCAACCUACCCCACCUUGAACCUUGUUCCUCUAAGGGUCAGCUUGCCUGUCAAUCGACCUCUAGUAGUUGUCGCCGCCGACAUUCAAAGGGAUAUUCACCUGAUCACAUCCGACGGUCGGGCAGAGGUUGGUCUUUGGGAGAUUGCACAGUGGACAGGAAUCGGAAUAACCUCAUUCGUGAAUUUUCUAACCCUUCCCGGCGAUGCCGGCCCAACUGAGAACUCCAUCAUGGUAGUACCCGAGAACACAAAUAUCGCUGUCAAAGACAUCGUACCUGAUCGUUCCUGGACACCCUCCCAGGAAAACAUUGUCAAGGACGAUAUUCCGCUGGCUAUCGAUAUUGAAGCGUCGAUUAAUGGCAAGAAUCUAGCCAUUGGAGUUUUUGGCUCUUUGCAACAGAUCUCUCCUGGAGAAGCCUUGACCUUAGUUGCCAGCAUCACAGAAAUCUUGGACGGGAACAUUUAG